AUGGGAAGCGACUCUGAAUCACAACACUCAACAGACAACAUCUCCACCACGGCUUCAGUUGCCGUGUCACUAGCUUCAAUGGGCACACAGGAGCACAAUGAGCUUUAUGACCAUAGGAAGCAGCCGGACUCGCUUCCCGUUCGUCAUAGCUCAGAGCUAGGAAAGUCAGAAUCUCGAAGAGCUCCGCUUUCCACUGGCAGAACCGAGGCUCUUAAAAUUUCGCCCGGUUCCAUACGGUCAGGAAUCACGUUCGAGAAUGAAUCUGAUGAAGAGGAGCUGCAGAUUAGAAGUCCACAGAUGAAGCCAUCAACUACAAGCACAAAUAACGCGAGGCCCUCUCGUUUGGCUCACUCGAUGCCGCAUCAGAAGCAGCUUUAUACCAGCUCAGGAGCUUCACAAUAUAUAACGGCUCCUCCCCCACUCAAUCCAAGGAAGAGUUCGAAAUUUUCCAAUGUCGAGGACGCUGGGAAUAUGAAGAAAGCAAAGCCUAGAGCUGGCUCUGACUCUUCAUCUGUGAAGCCCAUGCACCUCUUGAGCAAAACCAUAUCGGCAAGGUCAAAUCAAAGCGAGUCCAAUAUACGGGAACAGACUAUGAGACGCAGAGUUUCAAGAGCCUCUAUCGAAACAGACAACUCCCACGCCUCUAGAGAGUCCCAAGAAACUGAAGAAGAUGUGUGCUUUCCGAUGGAACGUUUGGAGCACACGAGAAUUAAUGGGAUUGAUUUUGAUGAACUUGAAGAGUUCGCUAUUCAGUCGAGGGAAGAAUACAUAAAUGCUGCAAUGAACGGUGCAGAGGCUGAACUUAUAAAAUCCGAUGACAAAUAUUUGAACAAAGCGGGCUCUUCUUCUUCGACUUCGACAGUUAUGUCCGCGGCGGCUCUGAAGUAUACUCCGAGACCUACUUCAGAAUCCAAAGAACCUCGAAUCGGGCAGCAGGAGUCUACUGAUUCUCCACAGGGAAUUUUUUUUGGAAACAAUAAAGUCGAGAAUGAUGACAGUGAACAACUUCAGGCUUCAGUCCCUUCUCAAGUGGGGAACUAUCUGGCACCGGAUAGGUUUUCCUUUUUUUGUUCAGAUUCCGAGGAGACUGUCCACGCGGCUGACAUAGCGUCGUUAGUGAAGCCAGGGGAGACUUUCCGGGAGCUGUUCCGGGACGGCGCACCAACAUGGUGGCUAGACUGUGUCUGCCCUACAGACGAAGAGAUGAGGUGUAUUUCUAAGGCAUUUGGACUUCACCCUUUGACAGCAGAGGAUAUUAGGAUGCAAGAAACGCGUGAGAAAGUUGAGCUCUUCAAAACAUAUUAUUUCGUGUGUUUCCACACUUUUGAAGGCGACAAUGAAUCGGAGGACUUUUUGGAGCCUAUCAAUGUUUACAUUGUCAUUUUCAAGGAAGGUGUGCUGACGUUUCACUUUGGACCAAUUUACCAUUGUUCGAACGUUAGAAGACGUGUGAGGCAGUUGCGUGACUAUGUAGACGUGAGUUCUGAUUGGCUCUGUUACGCGCUUAUUGACGAUAUUACCGAUAGUUUUGCGCCAGUGAUCCAGGCCAUAGAAUAUGAAGCCGACGUGAUUGAGGACUCGGUAUUCAUGGCUCGCGAUAUGGAUUUUGCUCACAUGCUGCAGAGGAUAGGAGAGAGCAGACGCAAGACUAUGACAUUGAUGAGAUUACUUAGCGGCAAAGCAGAUGUUAUCAAAAUGUUUGCUAAAAGAUGUCAAGAUGAAGUCAAUGGCAUAGGUCCUGCGUUGACUUCCCAACUGAACAUAGCAAAUUUGCAAUUUUCGCAAACGCGUGGCGCCGGAGUUCCACCAAAACAGAGUGUUCAAACGUCCCACAACCUUAGAGCCCAGCCCCGGGCAGAUAUCGCAUUAUACUUGGGCGAUAUUCAAGAUCACGUUCUUACUAUGUUUCAAAACCUUUUAUCUUAUGAGAAAAUCUUCUCUCGAUCUCAUGCAAACUACUUGGCCCAGCUUCAGGUUGAGUCCUUUAACUCCAACAAUAAAGUAACGGAAAUGUUGAGUAAAGUGACAUUGAUAGGUACAAUUUUAGUUCCUCUCAAUUUAGUGACAGGUUUAUUCGGUAUGAACGUGCGCGUGCCCGGAGGCGACCAAAGCCAGCAACAUACUUAUGCUUGGUUUUUUGGUAUACUUGGAGUUAUGAUUUUCUUGGCAGUGUCUUUUGCACUUAUCUCCACUUAUUGGAUGGGAAGGCUGGCUGCACCCUCCACCCUUAACGAGGCUUCUGAAAGUGGAACUAGGUCUAUUUUGAACACGCUGAGGCCUCGGGGAUCUCGUACUGUUGGGAAAACAGAUGCCUACAAAAAACAGAACACUAAUCGUUCUAUAUCGAGUUUUCAGAGGUAG